UAAAAGAGUAAGAAAUAACAAAUAAAUCACAUUGAUCACGAAGUUGUCGUGAAAAGUUGCAGAAAACCGAACAGAUGGCGUUGUAUUUGCUUCUGUGUGCAUUAGCAGUUAGUCAUACUACCGCAUAUGUGCCUUGGAAUAAUGGCAAUUUUCAUUUAGACGAUUAUUCAAAUCACGAAAUGGAGUCUAUACCAUCACUGCCAUUGUCACACCCUGGAGAAGAAAAAGAUCUGAAAGCCAAUCCUGGUCUCAUAUACCCAAAUGUGAAUGUUCGACCACCAUCUCAAAUAUGGCCACAUGAUUUAGGAAAUGUUUACCAAAAUGACUUCCGGGAUCCUAGCACAAAUUAUUUACCACCAAGCGCAAUGCCUGUAGUUCCACAAUUGCCAGUAGUGCUACGACCUAAAGUGUCACCUAUGCCUCAAUCUCCCAGAAAUAUAUACGGAAAUGAUUAUUACAACAAGUAUCGAUCGCUCCCGAAAAUCAUGCACAUUUAAGGUUGUUUUUUCUUUAUUUUACUAUACCUUAUUUAUUCCCCUGUGUUUGAAUAAACA